UUUUUGUUUUAUUAAUCCGUGCGUGGUGAUCUGUUACUAUUGUACCAGAGAUUACCAGCAUGGCUGUAUUAGGGUGACAGGUGAGAGAGAAAUAUUGCAAAGGAAUUUGUGUUCGAAGGUACGUGAAAGAUGGAUGGAGCAGCAAAAGAUACUGAUGUUACAAAAAAAAGAAACUCCCUUGAAGAUUUAAAUAAAGAAGAUCUAAUCAAGAAAUGUAAAAGUUUGCUUAUUAUUGCCCAGAGAGCAAAACAAGCAAAGGAUGAAGCUGGAGAGGAAGUUAUACAACUGAAAGAGCAGCUGCAUACUUUGCAGAUGCAGGUUGAGCAAAGUUGUGAAGGGAAAGGGAACUCUGAUGCUAGCAGGGCUCAGAAAGAACUGCAGUUGGAAAGUGAAGUCUGUACAAUGAGAGAAAUGCUUGGUACACUUACUGAACAGAAACUUCAUUUUACCAUGGAAGUGGAUAAAUUAAAGAAGGAGAAUGAAUCAUUGGAGAAACAGUUGGAUCAGUUAAAGUUGGAAAACGCUAACAUUUGGGAAACCUCAGCUCAGCUUCAGUCGCAACUAGAAGAACUAGAGACAAGUGCAGAGAGCUAUAAACGACAAACUCAUCGGCUCACCAAUGAAAAUGAAGCUUUAAUUCAACAAAUGGACACUCUGGAAAUGGAAAUGAAAAAGAAAGAAGACCAGACAACAGAACUGAACAGAGAACAAGUGAAAUUGUUAGAGGGUGAACUUCUGAUGUUACGUGAUGAGGUAGAACGCCUAACUGAGGAGGAUUCUCGGAAGAAAGAACAGAUGAAGGAGAUGUAUGAGACAUUCAGCAGUGAGAAGAGUGAACUGAAAAAAUGUCUAGAAAAUGAAAAAAAGAAGAUUCAGAACUUGUAUGAAGACAUACAAAUUAUCAGUAAAGAGAAAGAAAGAUUUCUGAUUGACAUAAAAAGUGUUGAGGAAAAUAAUGUUGAGUUGCAGAAACUGUUUGCAAGUGUUUGUACUGAAAGAGAUGCACUUGCAUUACAUAGUGGGAAACUAAAUGAAGAAAAAGAGAGACUUGCAGGAAAAUUGGAGUCAGGAAAAGUGGAGAAAAAAAUUGUUACAGAUGAAAAUGCUUACUUGAACUUGGAAAAUCAACGUCUGAAUCAUCAUUUAGAUAAUGCAAAGAAGGAACUUAUUAUAGAGAGGAAUGAAAAUAGUUUAUUAAAACUGGAGAAUCAACAGUUCAAUGAAAAAUUUCAUUCUGUUUUAAAUGACAGAGAGAAAUUAGUUUCUGAAUUACAGGAUGCUGAGUGCCAACUACAAGGCAUUUUGCGUCAAACCCGUUCAAAUUUGCAGUGCUAUGAAGUGUUGAAAUGUUUUACUGAAGAAAGAGAUGUUGAUGAUGAUCAUAAUAAAGAUGUAGUUGAUGAUGGUGAUUCAUUUUAUAAACGGAAUAACUCCCUUUCAAAUGUUAUUUCAUCACUUGACAAGAAUCUCACACUUUUUAUUUCACUCAGAACUGGUGAUCUAAAUCCAGUACAUGAUACUUUGAAUGAAUGCAAUAAUCAAGUAGAACAGGAAGCACAAGGUAACAUUCUGUGUGAUUUGAAAAGUGACAUUUACUCGGUUUUCUUGCGUGAUGAACCAAAUGAGACUAGGAUUUCUACUGAUAUUGUUUCCAAAGGGAAAGAUGAUUUAAGAAAGUUGUAUUCUGAACUGAAACUCCUAAAUAUGGUGAUUUCAAACUUAGAGUCUCAGGGUGAAUUAUUACAAACAGAAAAUACAAAACUGAGAGAGUCAGUGAAUUAUUUGUUGCAAUUAAAUUCUCAAAGAAUUCUUUCAUCACAAGAAAAUUGUCUUGAAGCUUUUCUCAGAAACUUGAGGAUGGGUAACUUUUCUGAAAAUUAUGAUGUUAAUAUGCAUUUAAAGAAAGAGAAUGCUAGGGACAUGGUCCAGUUGCAGAAGGAAGAGUUGCUAAAUAUUCAGAAUGCUUCAUCUGAGGCUGUUGGUCAUUUGUUAGCUGUAACAACUGAAUUGGAUACAGCCAGGAAUGUUCAUUUGAUUUAUAAAAGAAAGUCUGAUGAGGUGACAGAGCUACACAGAGAUGUCACCAUGAAACUUACAGUGAAAGAAGAAGAAUUGGAAGACAGUUUGAAACAGCUAGAGGAAACCAGACAGGACACGAACAUCUUCCAUUUAAAGGCUCAGCAGGUGGCAUCUGGACUGAUAGCAUUAUCUUUGGGUGUUUCUGAGUUGAAUGCUCUGAGGAUGAAACUGUUAGAAGAUGUUCAAAUGUUCCAUUGUAAUGUGCUUAAUGCACUACAGAAAAAUGUGUGGGUUGGAAUGCAGAAGGUUGUGACAAAUUAUGUGGAAUCACAGAUUGCUGUCACUAGGCAGGAAAAUGCUGAGCUUCUUGGAGAAAUGAAUGAAAUGAAUGAGGUCCUGAAACAACGUGGAGAAACAAUUUCAAAACUGAAGGAACUGAACAGUGAACUAGAGUGUAGGUUUAGAGAAGCAAACACCAAGCUUGAAAAAACUCAAGAGGAUUUGAAAAUCAAGCUUUCAGAAAUGGAAACAAAAGAUAACGCAUUGUGCAACUUAGAAAUGAAUCUAGCGGAAGUAACGAAAGCUCUACAGGAAAAUAUACAUGAAAAAGAUGAAACUAUAUUCACUUUAGAAAAAGAUAUAGUGAAAUUUAUGGAAUGUCAACAUGAAUUGGAAACAAAGACCUCUGCUUUAGAAGUAAAAGAGGAAAGAAUACACAAUCUUGAAGCAGAACUGAGCAAACAAACAGACAGACUGCAGGAGCUAGAAUCUAAAAACAAAAUAAUACAUGACUUUGAAGAACAGAUAAAAAUUCUAAAAGCCAAAACCAGAAAACGGGAGGAUGGUGGAAGCAGCAUUGAAGAUCAUAACAUGAGAGUAAAGGAACUUGAAGAUGAAAUAUCGACACUGAAAGCAAGGGUUCAGCUGUUGGAACAUGAGACUGAAGAAAUACGCAAGGAAAAUGGUGAUGCACCAAGUGAAGUGAUGAGUAGUAGUACCGUCAGUAGGGCAGAAGAGAGUUCAAGGCUCAAAGAUUUAGAGGAAACAUUUGAAGAACGUUAUACCAAGCUUCGGACCGUUGCUGUUCGGCUCAAGAAGAGGGUGUCUGAACUGACAGUGCAGCAGACACAACUAGAAUCAGAAAAGAAAAAGUUGGCCACAGACAAAGCUGACCUUCAGGCUAAAGUGGCUCAGCUUUCAGCUCAUGCAAGAAAUUUGCAGACUCUGCAGCUUGAGUAUGAUCGUCUACAAGAUGACACUGAAUCACAGAAAUCAGAAGUUAAAGAGUUAACAAAAGCUCUGGAACAUGCUGUAAAUGAAUCUGCAGCUCUUAAAAUCCAAUUGCUAGAAUGUAAAGAUGAAAAGGAAUGCAAAGUACAGGACUUGGAGGUUUGUAUAAAGGAUAGACAGAAAUUGGAGCUGGCAAAUAAGGAACUGUAUGCACACGUUCACUCCUUAAAGAAAGAAAAAGAAGCAGAGAAUAUAUCAAGAAAAGAACAGGAAAAAGAAGUGAAGAGACUUGAAGAUGAGUUAAAAGCAGGUGAGAGGAAAUUGGCUGAAGAAAUUGAUUACCAUAAAAUAACUCGGGAUCUGCUGGAAAGAUCAGUGGCUGAUUUAACCCAGCAGUUGGCAUUAGAAAAAUCAAAGGUGAAAGACCUGGAAGAUCACUUAGAGACACAACGAGACAUUAGCAGAGGACUUCAGGAACAGAUUUCACUAAUGGAACAGAGAAUACAGUCAGAAGAGGCGAGAUCAAAGGAGGUCAAGGACCAACUGAAUGCAUCAAGAGCAAGGCUGUUGGAAGUUGAAACUAUUGCAUUUAAACGUGAAGCAUCACUUUCGGAACUUGUGUUGCAAAUUGAAGAGCACAAGGAUAAAAAUGAAAAUCUUGUCUUGCAAUUGUCAGAACUGGCAACAGAGAAACAGAGACUGGUUGAAAGUGGGCAGAAUCAGCAGGAUAGUCUCACCAGACAGGUACGUGUACUGGAAGAACAUGUUUCUGAAUUAAAGGAGAGCUUGGCAGAGCGUGAAGCAGAGCUCAGAGACCUGAGAUCUGAAUUUGGAAGCUACAAGGUCAGAGCACAGAGUGUACUUCGACAGAAAGCUCGUCUGGAUGAUGGGUCAUCAAGUUUCAUUCAAGAGGAUCACUUAGAGGAAAUGGCACUGCUGAAACAAACAGCUGAAAUUCUGAGAAGUAAACUGGAAGAUACAAGUUCCAAGUUGCAAACUCUUUCAGUAGAAAACAGUGCAGUUCAGGAAGACCGAGCACGAGUUUUACAAAGGUGUCAGGAAAUGUUAGAUACAGUGCAGGAUCUUAGAAAUCAGAAUGCGCAACUCCAUGCACAACUUGAAGAUUCCACAAUAGCACACCGCGAAGCUCUAAGGAGUCAGAAAUUGCAGGCGGAUACAUUGAACCAGUGCUAUAAGCAACAAUUAAAAGAAUUGGAAGAAAAGUUACAAAUGGAAACUUCAACCUUGAUGAAGCAGCUUCAAAAUGUGAAGGAACAGCUGCAUGGCACACACAAGCAUUCCUCAAUUGUAGGUGAGGUAAUUGGACAUGUUAUACAACCAAUUGAUUCAAACAUGGUGUUGAGCACACCUUCCAAACAUGCCAGCCCUCAUUGGAAUAGCAGCACAGAGGGGUUCAUUCCUGUCCAAUCAGCAGUUGUAAUGAGCCAACAAGACUUGGAGAACAAGCUUGAAAUAACGCUACUCAAGAGAGAAGAAGGAGAGGGUUCAGAGAGUAUAGACUCUGCUUCUCCACAUCUGUCAGCAUCACAGGAGCACAGAACAGAAUUGAUUCCCCUGGACAAACUGUUGUCAUCUCAAUCUGAUGAUGAUAACAGUGUUCCAACAGUUAAUAUUUCUCCAGGUGCAGAGCUGGGUCAAAUAAAAGAACAGUUGGUUGUAUCGGAAUGCCGCAUUCGACAUUUAACAGGACUACUGAGUGAAGCAGAACGAGAUCUUGCUAAAUUGACCCAACAGAAUCAGGUGCUAAAGGAAGAGAUCCGUCGGCAGCAGAGGAGUGUUGAAAGAGAGCAGCAUGCACAGAAUUUUGAGUAUCUCAAAAAUGUUAUACUAAAGUUUGUCACACUCCAAGGUGGUGAUGAAAGGACACGUUUAGUUCCUGUUCUCAACACGAUACUUAAACUUAGUCCUGAAGAAACCAACCAACUUAACAUCAUUGCUAAGGGUGGUCCUGAUCUCCAAGGUGGUGGAAGAGGAUGGGGUAGCUAUUUACACCUAUGGGCAGGCACACAUUAA